AUGCGUUCGUAUUUUACUUCUGCUGGUGGAGCUGCUGUCGCACGUACGAUUACCGAUUUGCGCACUUUAAAGGAUAGCCAUGGUACGCAUGAAGCUGCCAAGGAAGUCAACAAGUUUGCAAAACUUGUCCUUUACAAGUAUUGCCUUGACAACUGGUAUGACAAUGAAAAAGUGGAUGCAGGAGCUCAGUUUGACAUCAUCAAGGAGGAACAUAAGAAGUUGUUUCUGGAACUCAAUCCAAAUGAAAACUAUGAGCAGGUCCAGUUUGAUACCGAGGAUAUCAAGGCUAACGUAGAUCGCAAAAGAAACCAUGAGAUUGAUUUGGCCAAUGAACUGGCCAAGAAGCUGAAGAAGAGAUUGACCACAGGAACCAGCAUUCUGAGCGAUAUUGAAUUGGAGGCUAUCCGGCAGGCCGAAGGCAAAGCCAUUGAAAUUGAAAAGGAGCUGGAAGAGGAAAGUGAACAAACACAAGCUGAAGCAGAGCAAACACAAGCUGAACAAGUACAAGCAGAGGAUGAAGAGAUGGCCACUUGA